AUGUAUCUAUCUAUCUAUUUAAAAUUCUAUUUAUUAAUAGGGUCCAUACUAUCUAAAUAUCUAUCUAUCUAUCUAUCUAUCUAUCUAUCUAUCUAUCUAUUGGAAAUCUAUCUAUCUAUCUAUCUAAUAAGAUCUAUUUCCAUGUCAAUCUUUUUAUCUAUCUAUCACAAUAAUCUAUUAAUCUAUCUAUCUAUCUAUCUUGAAAAUCUAUCUAUCUAUCUAUGUCCAAAUCUAUCUCCAUAUCAUUUCUUUUUAUCUAUCUAUCUAAUAUCUAUCUAUCUAUCUAUCUAUCUAUCUAUCUAUAAAUAUAUAAAAUUUCUCAUUAUCUAUUUAUCUAUCUAUCUAUCUAUCUAUCUAUCUAUCUAUCUAUCUAUCUAUCUAUCUAUAUCAAUCUAUCUCCAUAUAAAUUUAUUUUUUAUCUAUCUAUCUAUCUAUCUAUCUAUCUAUCUAUCUAUCUAUCUAUCUAUCUAUCUGUUCCAGGAACAAAAAUCUCCAUGUCAUUUCUUUUUAUUUAUCUAUAUCUAUCUAUCUAUCUAUCUAUCUAUCUAUCUAUCUAUCUAUUUAUCUAUUAUAUCUAUCUAUUUCCAUAUCUAUUUCCAUAUCUAUUACACAUAUCUAUUUAAUUUAUCUAUCUAUCUAUCUAUCUAUCUAUCUAUAAAUCUAUCUAUCUAUCUAUCUAUGUCCAGAUCUAUCUCCAUGUCAUUUCUUUUAUAUAUAUAUAUCUAUCUAUCUAUCUAUCUAUUUAUCUAUCUAUAUAUAUAUAUAUCUAUCUAUCUAUCUAUCUAUGUCCAGAAUCUAUUUCCAUUUCAUUUUUAUCUAUCUAUUAUUUUAUAUAUCUAUCUAUCUAUCUAUCUAUCUAUAAAUGUCCAGAUCUAUAUUUUGUCAUUUUUUUUUAUCUAUCUAUCUAUCUAUUUUAUCUAUCUAUCUAUCUAUCAAAUAUCUAUCUAUUUAUCUAUCUAUUUAUGUCCAGAUCUAUCUCCAUUCAUUUCUUUUUUUAUUUAUUUCUAUCUAUCUAUCUAUCUAUCUAUCUAUCUAUCUAUAUCUAAUAUCUAUCUUAAUCUAAAAACAAUAUCCAGAUUUAUCUCCAUGUCAUUUCUAUUUAUCUAUCUAUCUAUCUAUCUAUCUAUCUAUCUAUUUAUGAAUCUAUCUAUCAUAUCUUUCUAUCUAUUAUAUUUAUAA